AUGAAUGUGCUUGAUGUUGAUUGUGAUGCUUUUGCACUUCGGGCUUAUGAUGCAGCAUUUGCACUAGCCUUGGCUAUUGAAGAAGUUGGGAUGAAUACAAGUUUUGGUUUCCAAAAGAUGAAUGAUUCCUUCAACUCAACAGAUCUUGACACUUUCAAGGUCUCUCAACAUGGUCUUAAACUUGCCCGAGUGUUAUCAACUACUAGAUUCAAAGGCAUAGCUGGAGACUUUAGUCUUGUUGAUGGGCAACUUCAAUCAUCAACCUUUAAGAUAGUCAACGUAAAUGUUGAUAGAGUAAGAACAAUUGCAUUUUGGACACCGGAAAGUGGAAUGGUGAAAACAUUGAAUUCAACAAACACAAGUACACUUUCAAUUUCGAAGAAGUGCAAUUUUGGACCGAUUAUAUGGUCAGGAGAUUCUCGAUAUGUUCCAAGGGGAUGGGAGAUCCCAAUAAAAGGCAAGAAGUUGAGAAUUGGUGUUCCUGUGAAGGUUGGUUAUACAGAAUUUGUUAACGUAAAUAAGAAUCAUGGCACUAACACAACGAAAGUCAUUGGGUUCAGUAUUGAUGUCUUUACUGCCGUACUGAGUGUAUUGCCAUACGUUUUUCCUUAUGAGUUCAUUCCCUUUGAAAAUCCUGAUGGAACCAGCGCUGGCAGUUACGACAAGUUGGUCUAUCAAGUAUACCUCGAGAAAUUUGAUGCUGUUGUGGGAGAUAUAACAAUUAGAGCGAAUAGAUCCUUGUUUGUGGACUUCACAAUGCCAUACACAGAAUCUGGUGUAGUGAUGGCUGUGCCAAUCAGAGAUACGAGGAGUAAAAACGCAUGGGUUUUCUUGAAGCCUUUGACAUGGGACCUGUGGCUUACAACUCUUUGUUUCUUCAUCUUCAUUGGUUUUGUCAUUUGGGUGCUUGAACAUCGAAUUAAUGAAGAUUUCCGUGGCCCUCCCUCGCAUCAAAUUAGCACAAGCUUCUGGUUCUCCUUCUCCACCAUGGUCUUUUCACAUAGGGAGAAAGUUGUCAGCAACUUGGCCAGAUUCUUGAUGAUUAUAUGGGUAUUUGUUGUGCUAGUACUCACACAAAGUUACACAGCUAAUUUAGCAUCAUUAUUAACAGUCCAACAGCUCCAACCAACGGUCACUGAGGUAAAGGAUCUUGUAAAAAGUGGGGUUCAUGUUGGUUACAUGAAUGGUUCUUUUGUUUACGAACUCCUGAAAGAAAUCGGUUUUGAAGAGUCAAAGCUUAAGGCUGUUAAUUCCAUGGAAGAGUCUGAUGAAGCUCUUUCCAAAGGGAGUGGAAAGGGUGGUAUUGCUGCUGUUAUUGAUGAAACCCCCAACAUGAAGCUUUUUGUUGCAAAGUAUUGUUCCAAAUAUACGAUGAUUGGUCCAAUCUUCAAGACUGGUGGCUUUGGCUUUGUGUUUCCAAAGCGUUCUCCUCUUUUAUGUGAUGUUUCACAGGCAGUCCUAAAUGUGACCGAAGGAAAGAAGAUCAUUGAAUUUGAAAACAAGUGGUUCGGUCAAGGAAGCCAUUGUGAAGAUAAUCCAAAUCUCUCAAACAACAGUCUUGGGCUUGAAAGCUUUUGGGGUCUAUUCCUCAUCGCCGGGGUGGCUUCAAUUAUUGCUCUAGUCAUAUUUGCAGUUUCAUUUCUUUACAAUAAUUGGCAUAUCUUAAAUCAUGCUGAAUAUUCAAGAGCUUCGAAAUGGAGAAGGGUUCGAGCCAUGUUUGAAAUUUUCAAUGACAAAGAUCUUAGCUCCCAUAAUUUUAAAAGCAGUCAACAACGAGAUGGAAGUGCUGGUGUUCGAGAUGAAGUUAAGGCCUCGCCUUAUAGCAACUGGCCUGGAAGUCCAUUCAGCUACGAAGGGCAACAAUCUCCAUACACUACUACUAGUCAUGCAUCUACGGAGACAACUCCUGAUACAACUUAA